UCGUAAAUUUGAUUUCGAUUAAUUAACAAUUGUGAAAAAUUAUUAUAUAAAAAUUUAAUCAAGAACGGUGGUAAAAACAUAAGAUACAAAAUGGCGUGGGGAUACUGGAGUGCAACAUCGGUUGAUCGUGGGCGUUCACCACGUCGUAAUACACAAUGCACACCCUUACCCGUAAAUUUAGUGCAACAAGAUGAUGAGCCCUGCGUUGCGACAACACAAGCAAGCACAUGUCCCAACACUCCAUCAGCACCACAAUCGGCACUUUGUUAUAGUCCUUCUUGUCGAAGCCGUUGCAGCAGUCCAUGUCCAGGCAGCACAUGUCCGGAUAGCCCGUGUGGUUCGAUAACACCACCACAGCCUCCACAACCACUUACCGCAUCACAACAACACUUACAUUCAAACAAAAAUUGUCCUGCUGCACAGCAGAUUAUUGCACUCGAAGAGUAUGCAUCUCGUCGGCAAUCGUUGGAUCGUUUGGACAGUCCACAGGCGAAUCAAUUGUCGGACAUUUUGUGUCGUGGCGCAGUUGUCUCAUCCAUACAAUCAGCGAACAAUACACUCACACGUGGCGUUUCAUUGCACAGUCGAAGCGGUAGUGCACAUGGUAGUAUACACGGUGGUAGUCAUCAUGGCAGUGGUCAUGGUGGUCAUGGUAGUGCCCAUGGUUCAAUGGGUUGUUUACAAGGCAGCACUGGCCAUUUGAUAAGUGGCCAAAACGCUAGUGGUAGUGUUGGUAUGCUUCCAGGUGCAAUCAAUACAGGCGAUUACGAUGUACCACAUCCACAUCCAUAUACGCAUCACUACAUGCAAAUAAAUGCAUCCACAACGCCGCCACAUUCCACAAUAAGUUUAAUUGGCUCAAGACCUGGUUCUGCCGGUGCUUGCCCAGGUCAUGAUUCGGGUUCCGAUUCGAGUCAGGGAUGCGGUUCUAUAAUGGGUGGCGUUACUGGUAAUAGUCACGUUAGUCAUAUAGCAGCGCAUUUGGCUGGUGUAGGUGGUCAUCAUAGUGGUGGCAGCGGUUCUUUGGGACGAUGUUCAAGCCGAUGUCAUAAUACUGCUACUACCACUACUACUACAGACGAUUCGGGUGGCGGUAGCGGUGGCAGUGUUUUUGGUGGCGGCUGUGGCGGCGGAAUGGAAACUCAUCAUCGUACCAUUAGUCAUCAUGGUAGCGCGGGUAGUGGUCUUAAUGGUUGUGGCAGUGGUGGCCGUAACAGUUCAUUGGGUACUAUACAUAAUGGACAUCAUCAUCAAUAUCAUCACGAGUGUAUACAUUAUGAACGCUUACCAAUACCGGUUCCUAUUCCAACUGUGCCAACACAACAAAUGCAUUCCGAAGAGGAAAUCGAACCAGCGUAUGCUACAGGUAAGUUCUGAUAAUAUAUUUAAGUGAAUUUAAAUAUAUUUA